AUGGGACCAAGGACAAAUAGGGAGAUUCUUACGGGAGGUAAGAAGUACCACCAGAGGCAAUCCAAGAAAUUCGGCGUGGAUGAGGUUGUGUUUGACAAAAGCUCCAGACAGGAGUACUUGACUGGAUUUCACAAGCGUAAGUUGGAGAGAAAGAAGAAAGCACAAGAAUUCCAUAAGGAACAGGAAAGAUUGGCCAAAAUUGAAGAGAGAAAGCAGGACAGAGAUGAGAGACAACGUAACUUUGAGGAGCAGCUCUCACAGAUGAAGGCAGCCAAGGGUUUGGCUUUGGAUGUCGCAGGUGAAAGUGAUAAGGACGACAGCGACAAUGAAUGGACCGGAUUUGGCGAGACUGAAGAGGGGAAAGUAGUUGAUGAUGCCGAGAAUCUCGAUGCUAGUCAAGAUGAGGAGGAGUUGAAGGGCAUUCUUCUGAGAAAACAAGUGUAUAAGAUCGAAGACCCACAAGUGUUGGGUGAUGCUGUCGUGGACGAGGAAACCACCGUUGUUGUGGAGUCAUUGGAGAAUCCAUAUAGUGCCAGUUUAGCACAGCGAAGUUUGGAGGCAGCAGCUAAGGCCAACAAUGUCAGUUUGGAGAAGCUGGAGGAGGUGUUGGAGAAGUCGAUUAACAGGGCUAAGAAAUACGCUAUUGUUUGCGGAGUGAGCAAGCCCAAGCCCAAACCACAGAAGAAGAAGAAGUUCAGAUACUUAACCAAGUCGGAGAGACAUGCCAACAAUGCUAAGGCUAAGUUGAACAAGAUGAAGAACAGAAAACGGGACUAG